AUGUUAAAAACAAUUCUCUUCUGCAUCUUAUUAUUAUCUGUAUUUGCAGGACACGUUAGAAAAACUCAUAAAGAAUUACACAAUAAAAACCCAAGAAAGUUUAAUAGUGCCUUUUUGGAAUUUGAAAAUUUAGGUUAAAAGGAUUAUCAUCUAAGUAAUAAAGAAGCUUGUAAAUUAUUGAAAUAUUAUUAGAACAUUGGGCUCAAAUUACUGCUGAUCUGAAUAGCAACACUAAAAAACGCUAAUCCUUAAUAGAAGCUCAUUCUGAAUAUAUUCCAGGAGUAGUUGGGAAUGUAGCUGAUCUUUCUAAUAAUGUAGGUGUAUAUUCAUACACAGUCACAGAUAUUAACGGAAACAUUCUUGAAUCAGAAACAGGAGAUCAUUUAGCUCAAAAAUUAAACGCUGCUUAUCUUGAAAUGACUUCAAAAAUUUAAGAUUCUUCAUCUCUAAAACUUCAAGAUAAUAACCAGAUAUGAG